UCAGUCGCUCACUUGGAAGCUACCAUAUCAAAUCAAUUAAAAAUGAAACUGCUCAUUGUCGCCCUCGCCUUCGUGGCUCUGGUUGCCGCCGGCCCCGUCGCCGAGAUUAAGGAGCCAGUAAAGAUCCUCCGCUCCGAAUUCAACCAACAACCCGAGGGAGGAUACGUUUUCAGUUACGAGACCGACGAUGGAUCCCAACGUAGCGAGACUGGAGACUUGAAGGAAACCCUUGAUGAGGAAAACAAGCCCCACCAAGUUGUCGUCGUCCGUGGUUCAUUCUCCUAUGUGAACAGCGAAGGCAAAGUGGAAACCAUCAACUACUACGCUGACGAAACCGGUUUCCACGCUGAGGGUGACUCCAUCCCCAAAUCUCCCGUUGCCAGGAGAUAAACGCUUUACGACUGAAUGAUCUAUAAUAUAGGCUGUACAGUUCUGCCAUAGUUUAUGUAGCGAGGCAUCCGCUAUAUAAUGUCGCUUAAAGAUGCCUACUGCCAUAUUUUGUACAUUUUUACUGUUGAUAUACGUUUGUAUAGAAAUACACGUUGAAGUAUAAUUA